GGCGUUUGUGGGUCUCAUGGGUUCACGUAAAUAUAAAUACAUCGGUGACACGCGUGAAGUUUGGAUAUUUCAUCGAUACCAAUGUAAACAACGGCGUGUGUAAUCACAUUGCGUCAGGUCUGGAACUGAAAGAAUUUGUGAUAAUUAAGCUUCACUUUUGUGAAUGAAAUUACGAAGUUUUCGGUGAUUUUUUAAGCACGCAACACUCGUGGGCGUGACAAGUUACAUGGAAUCAACACUUGUGUGAAGAGAUACAAGUAUCAAACGUUUGACCAAAAGUGAUGCGCGUAUCCAAAGCAUGCCGAAACAGUGGGUCUACUUUACGUUCCUAGCAUGGUUGACGUACCUAAUGAUUGCCGGACUAAUUCUGUUCACAAGAGGGUUCCUGUUGAGUCGAAUAACCCGUCAGGAAGUCAGUGACUGUACGAAAACAUUAACGCCCUGUGGCUUUCAGCCGGAUCAAAACUGCUCCGGAGGUAUAGACUUUGAGGAACUUUUCAAGGAUGAGGAAAUAGCAGCCAAAACAUGUCUUGGAAAACAAGCGAGAGUUGUGUUAUUGGUGAUCGAUGCUUUACAGUACGAGUUUGCAGUGUGGGACGAUACUUUGACUCCGGAAAACACUACCUACUACCAAAAUAAGCUACCUGUAAUUCAACAGACUUUGAAAAAGCAACCAGAGUCAACACGCUUUUAUAAAUUCUUAGCCGAUCCUCCAACAACCACUAUGCAACGUCUUAAAGGCUUGACAACUGGGUCUUUGCCUACGUUCAUUGAUGCUGGAUCAAACUUUGCUACCGAAGAAAUCGAUGAAGACAAUUUAAUUGACCGAGCUUCUUCUGCCGGAGUCGUCUUCAUGGGGGAUGACACAUGGAAUGGAUUAUACCCCAAAAGAUUUUUGCGACACUUUCCUUAUCCGUCAUUUAAUGUUUGGGAUUUGGAUACUGUGGACAACGGAGUCAGGGAACAUAUAUUUAUCGAAUUAAAAAAGAAAGAUUGGUCUAUGAUGAUUGCUCAUACUCUUGGAGUUGAUCAUUGCGGGCAUAGAUUUGGUGCAAGUCAUCCUGAAAUGGCCCGCAAGUUGAAUGAAAUGAAUGACUUGAUAAGUCAAUUGAUCACCAAUAUCGACAACAAUACUAUGCUCAUCGUUGUUGGUGAUCAUGGUAUGACUAGGAGCGGUGAUCAUGGUGGGGAUACUAAAUUGGAGGUUGAAGCUGCAAUGUUUGUACAUUCAAAGGUGCCUCUGUUAGAUAGAAAGUUUGGACGUAAACUUAGAGAAGUUAACCAGAUUGACUUGGUUCCUACUGUAGCUUCAAUUCUAGGGAUUCCAGUACCAUUUUCAAACUUGGGAACAACAAUACUCGAUAUGCUGCCACACAAUUUCCAGAAAAAUACAAAUUUAAAAGAUUUUGAAUAUGCUUCACAUUCCUUGUGGAGUAAUGUAGUUCAAACGAAAACGUAUGUAGAAACUUACUCCGCGGAUAGUUCCCUCUUUCCAGAGGAAAAAUUGAAUGUUAUACGCAACAUGUAUUCUGAUAUUUCUCAACGUGUUAAAAUUGUUGAUAGUUUUCAGAGUUUUCAAUCAUUUGCCAAAGAGGCUGAGACCUUUUUGGAUACAAUCAGAGAAAUGUGCGUGGAAGUAUGGGUCCAGUUUGAUUCAGAUUUAAUGUCAAGAGGUCUUAUUCUCACCUUUUGCACUAUAUUUUUCUCCUAUAUGAUAGUGGAUGGGAUUCCAAAGGAUAGAAUUCCCAUAAUCUUUGAGUCCUCUUUUCUGUUUAUCUCUGCAAUUACAAAUAUUGGAGCAGUUGGAGUUGUAACAGCUUUGUUUUUGUUUAAUGUUAUUGAUGGUUUACAAAAUAAUAUUUUUUUUGGCACUGGUAUGGUGUCAGUAUGCAUGUUUGUUAUGCUAGUGAUACAAAAUUGGGGUGUAAUUUCUACAAAUUGGUAUAAUAAUCGAAAAAAUCGUCAGUGGCUAAAUUUUUGUUCGAGAGUCAUUUUGCUCAUGACUGUUUGUGGGCUAUUUUCAAACAGUUAUAUUGUCGAUGAAUCUCUCGUACUUUCUUUUCUUCUGAUAACUAUUAUUUGGCUGCUUGUCUUCAAUAUAAAAAAUAAUAAGGUUGGAUCCGUUGAAAAAAAAUUGAAGGCGGGAUUGAAAUUGAACUGGUCCACACUUUGGAUGGUCACAAUAUCAUUUGGCUUGGUAGCCACCAUCCUCAUUCGAUGUUCGAGUUACUUUUGGUCUUGUCGAGAUGAACAAUAUCGUUCGUGUAAUUUUUUUGAACUAAGAAAGCCAGAUGUAUUAUUUGGAACCUCUGGGCGCAUGGUGGUAUUAGCUACUCUAGUUGUAAUAGCCCUGUUCAUAUCGCUUGUGAGAAUUUGGAUGCACAGUUGCGGCAAUUUGGCAGGAUUUUCUCCCAAUGUUACAGCUACACGUUAUCUACCUGGUAUAAUUGUGGUGUGUAUGGGUGGAUACUGGGUGCUACAGCACGUUCCUAAAUCUUCAAAAAUCAAAUUUGUACGACCUUGGCAAGUGGAUAUGCUCACUUCUGUCGUUUAUUUGUGUAUUUCCACUGGAAUCUUGCUAAUAUGUUUACAACCGCUCUGUGUGUAUCUUUUACCAAAACGAAAGGAGUCUUUAAACGUCUACGGACGAGAAAAUAUCAUACCUCAGUUAUUUAAUGGAAUGAAAAGCCUUAUUUAUCGCAAAAAAGAAACUGAAACAGAAGCAAUGCCAGUUGUUUAUGGCUUAGGUACCGCUUACAGCGCAACAUUUGUCUCUCUAAGCAUCUUCCUAACUCUGCUAUGCACCCUAUUGCUCGGGGAUACCUUGGCGCCAUCAAUUAUCAUCAUGUACGUGGUUUGUGUCUGCAUACUGGGAAUCACAGCUAUAGAAAGAUAUCAGCAUGCCACAAAUAUCAAUGAAUUAUUCAAUAUUCCAACACCAUCGCUACUUUCCUGGUUCUUGAUAUCAGAAUAUUUUUUCUACGCUACCGGUCACCAGCCAACAUUUUCGAAAAUUCAUUGGGAUGCGGCUUUUGUAGGUACCGGAGGAGUUUUCCAAACAAAUGUCAUAUCUGCCAUGCUCAUAGGUAUCAACACAUUUGGGUCCCACAUUGUGUUGGGAGCUACUUUACCUCUGGUAGUCAUUGCCCCCUUCACGCUUUACUUCAUGUUUCCUAGUCUUGCUGUGAAUAAAUUUCAAUCAGACAAAGAUCUCCGGAGAGGUGAAAUUCUACUAUAUGAGUACGAGGGCAGUUUAUUCAGUACGGCAUUUACAAUAUCGGCUAAAUACAUGCUGUUCCAUGAAAUUCGGACGUUUGGCUGUAUGCUGGCCGCUACAAUUCACUGCAGACAUUUAAUGGUUUGGAAUAUAUUUUGCCCAAAACUCAUAUUUGAGGGGUUAUCAUUCAUGGUAACAACAGGCAGCGUGAUGGUAUCCUUUUUACUGUUGACAAGAUUACAUCACCAGGUUGAUAAGCUUAUAACCCGAAUAUCGAAAGUAAGGUGAUAUUCUCAAGAAAAUUUAGGCUUCUCACGAAGAAUGACCUGUGAACUAACAGGUAUGCUUUUAACGUGUGCUACAUCGCGGUAGUUGACGAACAGAAAUGAAAAGAAAAAUGAAUAAUUAGAGUUAGACAGUGCUGAUUUGAAUUUCUUGUGAAUGAAGAAACUUUGCAGACUUCUGGGCUGUGGACGAACAGUGAUUAGAGUUUAUAUUGAAAUAGAGAUGA